AUGGCGCUGCGCUUCUCCGCCAACCUCUCGUGGCUCUUCCCGGAGCUCCCGGCGCUGCCGGCGCGGCUGGAAGCGGCGGCGGCCGCCGGGUUCGGAGCGGUGGAGGCGGCUUGGCCGGCGGGCUGCCCGGCCCAGGAGCUGCGGGCGGCGGCGGAGCGGGCGCGGGUGCGGAUCGCGCUCCUCAACACCCCCCCCGGGGACCCGGAGGCGGGCGAGCUGGGGCUGGCGGCCGUGCCCGGGCGGCAGGCAGCCUUCCGGCAGGGCCUGGAGGCGGCCGUGCACUACGCCAGGGCUGUGGGCUGCCCCAGGAUUCAUGUGAUGGCUGGGCGGGUUCCCUUGGGCACAGACCGGGCUGCAGUGGCAGGUGAGAUGGAAACCACCUUCAUUGAGAAUCUCAAAUACACUGCUGACCUCCUGUCCCAGGAAGACAUGAUUGGACUGUUGGAGCCUAUCAACAACCGCAUCACUGACCCUCGCUACUAUCUGAACACCCCACACCAAGCUGCUGCCAUCCUGGAGAAAGUGGGACGGCCCAACCUGAAGCUGCAGCUGGACCUUUUUCACUGCCAGAUCAUGGAUGGCAAUUUGUCACGCAACCUGGAGACGUACUUCCCACUCAUCGGUAACACCCUGUGCCCAGACCACUGGGGAGUGGCGUUGACAGGGCCCUCCUACUCCAGGUCUGCUGUAGCUGGCCGGGGGUGUGGGGCUGCUCUUGGGUCACCUUGUCUCAUGCCAAAGAAGGCUGCAGGCAGGGCUGCCUUGGGCAUGGCCUCUCCCCUUCCCUCCCUAGGUCAUAUCCAGAUUGCACAGGUGCCAGGGCGGCACGAGCCCGAUAGCCCUGGGGAGUUGAACUUCCCCUACAUCUUCGAGCUCCUGGAGUCCCUCAGCUACACUGGCUACGUGGGGUGCGAGUAUGCUCCAAAGGGUGAGUGGCCUGCAGGUCUGAGCCCCACGGGCAGGGCCAAGCACAGGCCAGCUGGCUGGGAACUGUGCAAAGACAGGCAGGUCCUGGGGGGCACAGGUAGUGGGUGUCAUCCCUACCUGGGGAUGAGGGCUCUGUCCUGAACAGAAGCUGCUGCAGCUGCAGCAGGAGACCUUGUCUGUC